AUGGUUGUAGGAAGGAAUGAUACAAUUGUGACAAAAUUCAUCCUCCUAUUUUCAGACCACCCUCAAAUGAAGAUUUUCGUUUUUGUGUUAUUUCUGGGGAUUUACCUCCUGACCCUAGUAUGGAACCUGAGCCUCAUUGCCCUCAUCAGGAUGGACCCCCACUUGCACACACCCAUGUACUUCUUCCUCAGUAACCUAUCCUUCCUAGAUAUCUUCUAUGUGUCCUCCACGACUCCCAAGAUGCUCUCGGACAUCAUCACAGGGCAGAAAGCCAUUUCCUUUGUUGGCUGUGCCACGCAGUACUUUGUGUUCUGUGGAAUGGGGCUGACUGCAUGCUUUCUUUUGGCAGCCAUGGCCUAUGACCACUCUGCGGCAAUCUGCAACCCAUUGCUCUACGCAGUCCUUGUAUCCCAUACACUUUGUUUAAAGUUGGUGGCUGGGACCUAUGUGGGUGGAUUCCUCAGUUCUUUGAUUGAAACGUACCCUGUCUAUCAGCAUGGUUUCUGGGGGCCCAACACGGUCGACCACUUCUUCUGUGACCUUCCUCCAGUUCUGGCUCUGUCGUGCUCUGCUACCUUUACCAGCCAGGUGGUGGACUUCAUUGUGGGUGUUGUUGUUGGAAUGGUUUCUGUCCUUGUGAUCCUCAUCUCUUACGGUUACAUUGUAGCUGCUGUCCUGAAGAUCAGCUCAGCUAAAGGUAGGAGCAAAGCCUUCAGCACCUGUGCCUCUCACCUGACUGCUGUGACUCUCUUCUAUGGUUCUGGACUUGUGUACAUGCGACCUCGUUCUAGCUACUCCCUAAACCAGGACAAAGUGGUGUCUAUAUUCUAUGCUCUGGUGAUCCCUGUGUUAAAUCCUAUCAUCUACAGUCUUAGGAAUAAGGAGAUUAAAAAUGCCAUGAAGAAAGCUAUGCACAAGGAUCGUGUGCUUUCUCAUGGACCUUCGUUUUUCGGACCCUGA